AUGUCUAUUGUAUCUCGAAAGGAGGUUUUUGGGGACAGCGAGUCUACCGCCGACGCUAGCCACGAGUACGCCUUUGAUCCUGGGAUCGAGUUUGAGAUCGUUGAUGUUGCCGAUGUCGUGCCAGGGCCACAGCCAGAAGCUAUAGAGACGUUUCCUCUGUUUUCUGGGGCAGCAGAUGUCCAGGUCAGUUUGGAGGAAAAGGAGUAUGUUUACGAGCUGGGGAAGGAAAACACCGAGCGGCCGCGGAGCUACUAUUAUGCAGAGUACUCUUCGCAGGAGAAGGCCGAGUUUCAGCAGGCUGCUGUCGACGGCCAGGAAAUCGUUUCGCAGAGCAGAAAUAUUAUACCCAGCAAAUACAAGCUCGUUGUUUUGGACAGACAAGAGUAUACACAGAGACCCGCAACGACAACGAAAAAAGCGAAAAGGACUCCAACGGAGCAGGAUCAAGAAGACUAG